AUGAAAAAUACAGAAGCAUAUGAUUAUCAAGAAUUACAAUUGUAGAUUAAGAUGCAAAAAAAAGAUGAUUUGAACUGGCUUUAGAAAAUGAACAAGAAUUUUACAAAUACUCAUUCAGGUUAAUGA